CGUUUCCUUUAGCUCUCACGGUUUUCUCCUCUCCUCUUGAACCCUAGAUUCGAUCUCCCUCGCCAGCCACCAUCCAGCGCUUUUGGAGAAACACAACACUACUUUUAUUCGCCUUUCUUGGUCACCAUGGCCGAAGAAGUUGUUGUAGCUACCGGAGUGGCGAGCCCCGAGCCCUUGGAUCACAAGCGGAAGCUUGCAGAUUUGGACAGUGAACCCAUUGAUGAAGCCCCCACGGAGAAUAAUGGCGAGGAGUCUACUGCUCCUGACAGCUCCGACGUUGCCACUGAUGACGAAUCCGAGGCCAAGCGUCUUCGGCUCGACGGGGAGUCCGAGGAAAAUGUUAGUGAGAACGGGUAUCAAGAAAAGAAGCCAGAAGAGCUGGCUAAGGAAGAUGGUAAUCAAUCAUCUCAAGAGGAACAACCUGCUUCAUUGGAGGAGGUACCUGAAAAAGAGGAAGCUGAGCAACUCACCUCAGAGCCUCAUGAAGCAGGUGAUGCUCAGGAUUCUGCUGCUGAAAUCUCUCAGGAGGACAAAACUCAAGAACUCUCCAAGGAAGAAAGUCAACCUCCAGAAGUGGAGGCUGCACUGCCACUGCAGGAGAAUGCUUCGAAUGCUGAGCAAGAUCAACCUUCAUCUGGGGCCGAAACAACAACAUACAGAAUGGAAGUUCCUAACAGUAAGGUGUGA